UUUCCCGUCUACUCAUAUACACCCUAGAUUCACUCCUAAAACCCUAAAUCGUGUAUAUACCUCAAUUACAACACUUCGGCUACAAACCAGAAAUCUAAACCCCUCUAAAUCCAGAGAUACCAAUCACAACACUUCGUAUUCCAUCUCACCCAGGUCCAAUGGCUGCUAACAAUGUUCCAGUGGGUUUGGACAAGGAACAGAUUUUUGGUAUGGCAGAGAAGGAGAUGGAGUACAGGGUUGAGUUAUUUAACAAGCUUACCCACACAUGCUUCAACAAGUGUGUUGAGAAGAAGUACAAGGAGUCUGAGCUAAAUAUGGGUGAAAACAGUUGCAUUGAUCGUUGUGUCUCAAAGUACUGGCAGGUGACUAAUCUAGUUGGCCAGCUGCUUGGUGCUGGUAGGCCUCCUAUGUAAGAUUUGGGCCUAGUCUACUAGGGACACACUCUUCAUUCGAUAAUUGCUUGGCUGGGAUUGGGGGAUGUGGGACUGUAAUUGUUCUCUUGUUAUGUCUCUUUUGUUGUUGGGGCAGUUUUUGAGAUAUGCUGAUGUUUUAUUUCCAUAAUAGAAUUGGAAAUUAGUCUUCUGUUUCCUGAAAUAAUUGUUAUUGUUUUUGACUGUCCUGUUGCACUUUAAAGUGUUUGGAUGCUGCUACUAUUUUGGCAGUAAUGUUAAGCAAAAGUAGUACCAAGAAUUAUUUCUAGCUUGUUAA